AUGGCCGCCGGCGACGAAGAGGCCCCGCUGCACGUGUGUUCUUUCCGCUGCCGGCCCCGGCGACAUGCUGCGAUGGUGACGCCGCGCUCCUCCUCGCCUCCCGCGGCGUCCGCUCCACCCUCGUCACCACCCCCGCAAACGCCGACCUCCUCCGCCCAGCCGCUGCUGCGCGCCGCCCUCGGCCGCCCUUCGCCGUCCGCACCGUCCCCUUCCCCUCCCCUGCCGCCACCGGCCUCCCCCCCGGCUCGAGAACCCUCGCCUCCUCCCCUCCUCCCUCUUCCACGCCUUCGUCUCCGCCCUCCCCCUCCUCGCCCCGACCUCUCCGCCUCCUCCGCUCCCCCGCCCCCCGCCGACGCCCUCGUCUCCGACUCCAUCUCUCUUCUGGACUCGCCGACCUCUGCCGCCUCCCUCGCUCCCCCGCUCCUCUCUCCACGCCACGGCGCCUUCCCCGGAGCUCGUCCUCUCCACCUCCUCGCCCACACCUACCCCUCCCCUCCUCCGACCACUCCUCCUCCUUCCUCCUCCGCGCCUCCCGACCCGUCUGCGCCUACACCGGCGCGCGCUGCCCCGAGAUGUUCGGCGACGCGCGCUCCUCAGGCUCCUCGCCGAGGCCAACGCCGCGAGCUUCGGCAGGGUGGUCAACACUCUUCCGCGCCCUGGAGCCCGCCUACGUCGAACCGCUCAAGCGCGGCCGCCGCCAACACCUGGUGCGGGGCGCCCCCCGCCGCCGCCGCCGCCGAUGACCGCGGGGCCCGGUCCCGACCGGGCCGCCGCGCUCGCGUGGCUCGCGCGAAGCCCCCCGGCUCGGUGGUGUACGCGUGCUUCGCAGCCUCUGCAGUUCGGCGGCGCAGCUGCGGGAGAUCGCGGCGGCUCGAAGCUUCCGGCGGCCCUUUCCUCUGGCGUGGCGGCGGACGGCGCCGCGGCGGAGGCGUUGGAGGGGAGGGGGGAGUGCGGGCGCGGAGGGGAUGGUGGUGUGGGGUGGGCCCCGCAGGCGGAGUGCUGCGGCACGAGGCCGUGGGGUGGGUGCGGAGGAACCGGCUCGGGAGGGGGAGGAGGGGCCGUGCUGGCGACGCGGACGAGAUCGCCGGCGAGGUCGUUGCCAGGGCGGCGGGAGGCGGGUGGGAGGCAGCGGAGCGGGCGAGGGAGCGCGCCGCGGAGUACAAGGAGAAAGCACGGCGCGCCGCGGAGGAGGGCGGGUCGACGUUCGAAGAUGUUACGGAAUUGAUCGAGCAGUUGAAGGCGCGGCGGCGGCAGCAGCAGCAGCAGCACGGGGGCGGGGGUGGGGGAGGGGGAGGGGGAGAAGGCGGAGGGGACGUCGGAAACAUGCAAAUGAAUAAGAUUUAG